AUGAAGUUCUUCAUUGAUGAUCUUCCAGUGCUGUUCCCGUAUCCUCGCAUCUACCCCGAACAAUAUGCCUACAUGUGCGAUCUCAAAAAGACCCUCGAUGCAGGGGGUCAUUGUGUGCUCGAAAUGCCUUCAGGGACCGGAAAGACUGUUUCUUUGCUGUCAUUGAUCGUCGCGUACCAACAACACUACCCAGAGCACCGAAAGCUCAUCUACUGCUCCCGAACAAUGUCUGAGAUCGAGAAGGCGUUGGCAGAGCUGAAAGCGUUGAUGGAGCACCGUGCCAAAGAGCUGGGCCACGAGGAGGAAUUCCGUGCACUCGGCCUCACCAGUCGGAAAAACCUUUGUCUUCACCCUUCCGUGAAGAGAGAGAAGAGUGGUACGGUGGUCGAUGCCAGGUGCAGAAGCUUGACAGCGGGUUUCGUCAAGGAAAAGAAGGAGCGCGGAGAAGACGUCGAUCUUUGCGUAUACCAUGAAAACCUCGACCUACUCGAACCACAUAAUCUCGUUCCCCCAGGCGUUUUUACACUAGAUGGACUGUCACGUUAUGGAGAAGAGCACAAGCAAUGCCCCUACUUCUCUGCCCGGCGCAUGAUGCCAUGGUGCAACAUCAUUAUCUAUUCAUACCACUAUCUCCUAGAUCCAAAAAUUGCGGAGCGCGUGUCGCGCGAGCUUUCAAAGGAUUGUAUCGUGGUCUUUGACGAGGCUCACAACAUUGACAACGUCUGCAUCGAAUCGCUAAGCAUAGACCUAAGCGAGGAUUCUCUCCGCAAAGCGACUCGGGGCGCGACUAAUCUAGAACGAAAGAUUGAGGAAAUGAAAAGCUCGGACGAAGAAAAGCUCAAGAACGAAUAUACCAAGUUGGUGGAAGGGUUACAGGAAGCAGAAAAAGCUCGUGAAGAAGAUCAAUUCAUCUCGAACCCAGUCUUGCCUGAUGAUCUACUGAAGGAGGCUGUUCCCGGCAAUAUUCGUCGAGCAGAGCAUUUCGUCUCUUUUUUGAAGAGAUUCAUCGAGUAUCUCAAAACUCGCAUGAAGGUCACUCAUACUAUAUCCGAAACCCCUCCUUCUUUCUUAACCCACUUAAGAGAUCUGACCUAUAUCGAACGAAAACCCUUGAGAUUCUGUGCCGAGCGGCUUACGUCACUUGUACGGACGCUAGAGCUUGUCAACAUCGAGGAUUAUCAGCCCCUUCAAGAGGUAGCUACCUUUGCAACCCUUGUCGCGACUUAUGACAAAGGGUUCGUGCUUAUCCUUGAGCCGUUUGAAUCCGAAGCGGCCACUGUACCAAACCCCAUACUUCAUUUUACGUGCUUGGAUGCUGCUAUUGCCAUCAAACCAGUAUUCGACCGUUUCAGCUCUGUGAUCAUCACUUCUGGAACUCUGUCACCCCUGGAAAUGUACCCGAAGAUGCUGGGAUUCGAUGCCGUCUUGCAGGAGUCCUAUAGCAUGACACUUGCACGACGAUCAUUCUUGCCCAUGAUUGUCACCCGAGGAUCUGAUCAAGCCCAGGUUUCGUCUUCUUUCGGAAUUCGCAAUGACCCCGGCGUUGUGAGAAACUAUGGAUCUCUGGUCACUGAGUUUGCUCGCAUCACACCUGAUGGAGUCGUGGUCUUUUUCCCUUCCUACCUCUACAUGGAGUCGAUCAUCAGUAUGUGGCAAGGAAUGGGUAUUUUGGAUCAAAUCUGGAAUUACAAGUUGAUCCUUGUGGAAACACCUGAUGCACAAGAGUCAUCCCUUGCCUUGGAGACUUAUCGUACAGCGUGUUGCAACGGACGUGGCGCAAUUUUGUUCUGUGUCGCUCGAGGAAAGGUGUCCGAAGGUAUCGAUUUCGAUCAUCACUAUGGUCGUGCAGUGUUGUGUAUUGGUGUUCCAUUCCAAUAUACAGAAUCUCGAAUCCUGAAGGCUCGUCUCGAAUUCUUGCGUGAAAACUAUCGCAUUCGAGAGAAUGACUUCUUGUCCUUCGAUGCUAUUCGACACGCCGCCCAAUGUUUGGGACGUGUAUUGCGUGGUAAAGAUGACUAUGGAGUCAUGGUGUUGGCAGAUCGUCGGUUCGAGCGAAAACGACCCCAGCUUCCAAAGUGGAUCAAUCAGGCCAUGCUAGACAGCGAGACCAAUCUCAGCACAGACAUGGCCGUAUCUAACGCCAAGAAUUUCUUGCGUACAAUGGCUCAGCCCUUCAAAGCAAAGGAUCAAGAAGGCAUUUCCACUUGGGGUCUGGCUGAUAUUGAGCGCCAUGAAGCAAAGAGGAAAAUCGAAGAAGAGCGGAUGAUGAGAGAGGAUGUCAAUGGGAACAUGGACGGCGUGAUUCCAUCUACAUCUCGCGUUGUCGACGAUGAUUUCGAUGAUGACAUUGAUGAGGAUCUCAUGAUGCUUGAUCCACAGUAA